AAGCUGCUAUACGAAAGUUAAUGAGUGAAAAUGUCAUAACUUUCAUAAAUUGAUGAUAUAGAUUCUAGUUCAAUGACCUAUUAUAGAUUUAUUUUACAAUAGGAUCUAAACUAGACAUCUAGACUCUAAAUAGAUCUACAUUUUUUUGCGGCAUUGGAGCCAUCUCUUGAAAAAUGGCCAGUAGAUUUGUGAUUCCUCUGUGGAAGUCUGUUUGCUCAGCAGUAGCCACGCUCAAACCUGCUAUGUGUCAGCCAAUGAGUAGCAACCUUCAGUAUGUCAGAUAUGCUUCAAAAAAAGCCUCGGCCACUCCCCGUAAUAGAAUCGGAAGAACAAAGAGAAAACACAGGGGCAUCAAAGCACACGAUGGAACAUUUGUCCACAAAGGUGAUAUCUUAGCUACACAAUUUGGUCUGCGCUUUUAUCCAGGCGAAAAUGUAGUCAUGGAUGACAAAUGGACAUUAAAAGCAGCUUUUGAUGGCAUUGUUGUCAUUUCAACAGAAACUUUAAAUCCUUACCCUGACAGUCCUUUGUACUUACCUGUUCAGAAAGGUGCGGUGCUACAGAAAAAGUUCUUCCAUAUUAUUCCUACACCAUUGCAUGGAAAGUUUAAGCUUGUCUCAGAAGUAUAACUUGUGUGUCAGUGAAUAAAAUGUUUUUUUUAACACA